AUGGCGACGGCGGCAAUGGUCUUCAUGGACGAACAGUCACGCUUGCUCUCCUCCGCCAAAGUCCUCGAGUCUCGAGCAAAUUCCAAUACUAAGGGUCUGAUCUUGCUGCGUGAUCGGAUUGAAAAUCGCGACUUCAUAAACUCUUUCAACCACACAGUGUCCGGCUCUUUUGGUCUUGCCAACAGACAUAAGGCUCAACCUCUUUCCCCUGGCAAGUCUUGUGUUGCAAAUGCGUGGAUCACCCAAGUCUCGGUUCAGGCUGUUGACUUCAAUAUUCUAAUAAUCUCAAUUGUGGUCCUCCUUUGCAUCCGCCAGCAGAAACUUGCCUCACAGCCGUCCAUGAAAAGGACAGUUUUACUUUGUGUCAUUGCGUGGAUUCCUGGCUUGAUCACCAGCUUCACGGGCCUGAUCUUAAACGCCUACGGCCCGGUGAGCGGCAACUGGUGCUGGAUCAAGCCCGAUCUCCUGGGGCUACGCUACCUUCUAACCCAUGGAUGGCGUAUCGCCAUCUUCCUGGCCACCAUUGGGAUUUACACCUACGUAUAUAUUCAUCUCAAACGCGUUUACGGCAAUUUCACAGCAUUAACGACCGCUAAUGCCCAUUCUACGGUCUUCAAUGAUCAAGAUUUAGUGGACAACAAGUAUACCUUAAGUACCAGUUCUCACGAUGGUCGUGAACUCCUUGUUAGUGGACAUAUUAUGGGCAGAACUUCUUGCGCCGUAUCUCGCGACUCUGAGCGUCAAUUCAGAGAAUGCAAGGAGGGUAUGAUCAGCAUAUCUUCACAUACUCAGGUUCUCGGGUCUAAGUCGCAGUCACUGGAGACUCCGCAGACUACGAGGACGGAACAAAUCAGUCCUCUGAGACAGCCUAAAGGUCAAGGGCAGACACCCAGCAUUGAAAAGAUAUUGCUCCUGAAUGGGUAUCCUAUCCUUUAUAUCGUUCUCUGGAUCCCGGGAAUGUUUAAUCGUGCUUUAGAGUCAACAAUUGGAUCGCCAGACUGGUUAAAGGCCCUUCAGUCCACCACACAAUUUGUUGGCUUGGCCAAUGCUUUUACUUACGGGUACAAUGAACAGCUGCGGCAACGAUGGAGAUGUUGGCUCAAGCCUAGCCAAAUUGAUGAUGAAAUAUCGCUGACGCAGAGGCCAGACCUACAAAGCAGAGACCAGGCAUGGUCUGUUUGA